AUGGAAAAUGUUUUGUCACUAAAUCAGAGCUUCUUCGUCAUCAGAGAACACACACAGGAGAGAAACCUGUCUCAUGUUCGGAAUGUGAAAAAAGUUUUAGGGUUCGCUCAAGUCUUGUUAUACACCAGAGAACUCACACAGGAGAGAACCCUUUCUCAUGUUCUGAAUGUUAAAGAGAUUUAUCUGUUAAACCUAAUCUCCAG